AUGGGUGAUGAAGAUGACCCAGACCUCCUCAGUGAACUUAAAGAACUGGCCAUAGACGACGACGAGGCGCCCCCGCCCCCCCCGCGGGCGGCGCGCCCCGCCCCCCCUCCGCCCGGGGCCCCUACAAGUGGACAGAGUAGCACCAUAAGCCUGCUGCAAGACAGGAUCUCAAACUAUGCUAUGGCUGAGAAAGCUGCUAAGGAGUGCGGAGAGAGCAGUAAGGCUAGGAGAUUCGGCCGUGGUCUAAAAACGCUGAACGACUUACUAAAACAAGCCAAAGCUGGUCGCCCUGUAAAGGAUGAGGAUAUUCCCCCGCCAGCCAGUAUCGGAAAACCGGCCCCUCCACCAGAAGCCCCUAUAGACCCGGAACCAGUGGCUAUGGAACCGGAGCCGGUGUCUAUGGACCCGGAGCCGUCUGCGCCGGAGCCCGAGGAACCCCUAAGUUUGCCGGAGCCGUCUCAUCCGCCGCCGCCGCCGCCAAAUGUUGAGGAGGUGGACCCUGAGAAGCAGGAAGGAUUGAAUGUUAUUUUGAAACGCAAAGAAGAGUUCAAACUCGCAGCGCUCUCCGCCAAGCGAGCUGGUGACAAGACCCUCGCGUUGGAAUUCCUCAAAGUGGUCAAACAGUUUGACCUCGUAGUGGACGCGUACAAAGCAGGCCAAGAGAUGGACCUCAACGAACUGCCUACGCCGCAAAUGAUAGAGGCAGCUGUCAAGGGCCAGAAGGAGGAAAGCCAGGUCCAGACUUCUGAAGAACCAGCGCCCGCGCCGCCAACCACCGAUAGCGAGGGUCUCAUUACUGCGUCCACAGUCGAUGAAGCGUUGAGGCAGAGAUUGGCUGCUUUCCAGCAACAAGAAGCAAAAGCGAAAGAAGACGGCAACUCAUCCAAGGCUCGCCGCCUGGGCCGCGUGAUCAAGCAGUACCAAGACGCGAUCCGCCUCAACGCCGCCGGGAAGCCCAUCGCUGGGGACGAGCUGCCCACGCCGGCUGGAUACGCGCCUUUGCCCACUGGUGGUAGUCCCGCGGCCGCUCCCGCUCCCGCGCCGCGCGCCCCCGCCCCUACCCCGCCGUCGCCCGCGCCGUCACGUGGUUCCCAGGCCACGCCCCCUUCGCGCCACGACAAGCAACUAGCGCUCUUAUUGCACAGGCAGAAGCAGUUCAGGGAAGCCGCUAUCAAGGCGAAGAAGGCUGGCGACAUAGAGCAAGCUAAAGAGUACCUGCGUGCCGCCAAGGGCUUCGACUCGGUAAUAGAAGCAGCCAAGGGAGGUUUAGUGGUCGACCUGAAGAGUCUUCCUUUACCACCACGCGCUCACAAGCAACUGGAAAACACCUUCGACAUAGUAUCGGCUGAAGACUGCGGUCCCUCUGACGAGGGUCCAUCCACCAUAACCAUGGACGACGAAGAUGUUCUCUCCAGGCUGCACAACCAGCUCACGGCGCAACUCAAGCUGUGCCUGUCCAAUAGGGACCAUAACAAGGCCAUGGGACACAUAGCGGAGGCGAAUAGGUUCGAGCAUAUCGCUGUUAGUGUGAAGCAGGAUUUGGAUGUGGUGGCUGUUGCUAAGAGUCUAGGCCAAAACCCGCCAAAAUUCCACUACGAGUCGCGGCAGUUUUCGAUCGUGCAAUGCAACACAGACAUUAACGAGAACGAGUUAGAGUUGACAAUAGUCCGCGGCAUCGCCUACAACGUGCCCAACCCGAAAGAAAUUGACACGUACGUCAAGUUUGAGUUCCCGUUUCCUCAGGACGCGCCCGUAUCAGACCGCACAGCGCUAGUCAAAGACACCAACAGUCCGGAAUACAACGCGCGCUUCUCGCUAGCGAUCCAACGCGGCGCGCGCCCUUGCUUGCGAGUGUUCAAGCGACACGCCAUCAAGCUUGAAGUCUACUCGAGAGGCUGCGCGCUGGCGUGCGCUGACGCGCUGUGGUGUUGCAGCGGCUGGUUCCGGAGCGACGCGCUGCUGGGCUCGGCUGCCGUGAAGCUGGCACCGCUGGAGACUCAGGUCACGCUGCACGAGGCUUUCCCGCUGAUGGACGGACGGCGGCCGGCCGGCGGCUCCAUAGAAGUCAAGCUGCGUGUGCGCACACCGUUACUACAACAGCAAGUCGAGCAGAGCACGCACCGCUGGCUCGUCAUAGACAACUAGGCAGGUACACCUGCACUUGAUAGCGAUUGACUACGUUCGAUGACGUCA